AUGGAAUUGCCCGCAUUUCUAAGCCAAAAACCCCCACCCGGCUACAUCGCCGGUGUAGGUCGCGGUGCCACAGGGUUUACCACCCGCUCUGAUAUCGGGUCCGGCAAAGUACCAGGAAGAGUGAGGGAAGACCGAGAAACGGUUUUGGAAAACAGCGAUAAAGAUGAAGACCGUGACCGUAGCAACUAUAAAGGACAAUUUGAGGAUUCAAACGGGCUAUCGCUGGCUUCUACAGGUCGCGGACAAAAUCAGACAGACGAAGAAGCAGAUCGAAUUUACCAAGAAGUGGAUGCCCGACUAUCCCGCAACUCAGCACAGAGAAAGGCAGCCAUUGAAAACACCCGAAAUACCGCUGCGGCCUCAACGGAUGCUUCCCAGGCUUUUGUGGACCUCAAACGGUCGCUAGCCACAGUCAGUGACGAACAAUGGUCAAACCUUCCAGAAGCCGGAGAUUUCACGAGACGCAACAAGCGACAACGGCUGGAGUUGCAAAAUGAGCUAAAAACCUAUGCUGCCCCGGAUACCUUGAUGGGCGAUAAUAUCGAUCUCACAAAACUAACGCAAGAGCGUGAAAAGCUAUUAGGUCGUCACUUGGACGAAUCGCUCAACGACGGUGGCCAGGACUCGAACCACAACACAGACGCGUAUCUGCAAGAGCUCGACGACUCAAUUAAGGCGACAGAAGUGAACUCGGAUUUGCAAGACAUCCCCAGGCUUCGUAUCAUAUUGAAUUCAUAUCGCAAAUCGGAUCCGUCAAAACCACAAGGCUGGAUAGCCUCGGCUAGACUGGAAGAAAGAGCGAAAAAAUAUCGACUGGCAAAGAGUCUGAUUGAAGAAGGAUGUGAAGCGUGUCCGCAAGACGAAGACAUUUGGCUUGAGAACAUUAGACUAAACGCUACUGACCAACACUAUUGCAAAGUAUUAGUGGCAAGGGCACUGACAUUCAACGACGAAAGUUUGAAACUAUGGCUCAAAGCUGUGGAAUUGGAAAACGAAAAGAUCAAUAAAGUGAGGGUUGUUCGAAAAGCACUUCAAAAUAUACCUACCUCAUCAGAACUAUGGAAGCUCGCAGUACAAUACGAAAGUGAUAGAAAAGAGGCCAUCAAAAUCUUGCAAAAGGCCACAGAGCUAAUACCCAACGAUAUCGAGCUUCUCACUGCUCUAGUAAAUCUGCAGGAGCACUCUGAUGCUAGGAAAACCCUAAAUUCUGCAAGGCAAAAGAACCCCAAUGAACUUCAAAUUUGGAUCCUAGCCACCGAACUGGAAGAAAAAUCCGGUAAUGGCUCGUUCGAAAAACUUGUCAAGAUUCUGAAGAAGGGAUCCCAAGAAUUGGCAAAGCACGGGGCUGUUAUUACGUUCCGACAAUGGUUCGAGGAAGCAUCCCAAGUGGAGCUGCAAUUUUCGAGUAUUUACCUCACAACGGUUCGAGCUCUUGUGAAAGUAGCAAUUGACACUUGCUAUGCCUCAGAAUCUGCUACAGAAAUCCUUGCGUUUAUUGGAGGCGUAAGUCACAACGGCCUCGCAAAAUGCUACGCCCACAGGUACUUGCUGGAGAAGGAACCCUUCAGGAUAGCGCUUUGGGACAAGUUCCUGGAACUGGGCCGCAUUGCAGGUCGCAGCAGCGAAGUUUAUGGUGCGUUUGAAAGUGUGUUGUUUGGUGACCACGGCACUGUCCUGAAAGACUUCCCUGUUCUGGCAUUGAAAUACUCCAAAGAAGUGUGGAAGACUGACAAAAACAUUUCUCAGGCAAUGGAUAUUAUGAAUCGGAGUAUAGAGCUCGAACCUUCGAACGUCGAUUUUUGGCUGGCGAAGAUCAAGUUGAUGAUUGCGGAUUCUAAGUUUGAUAUUGUAGAUCAACUAUUCAAAACAACUAUUGAAUCACUGGCGUCACAACCUGAAUACACAAGAGUUUGUCAUCGGUAUAUUGGGUUUCUACGAUUUCAGCGCAGAAACCAAGAAGCACUUGAGCUUUUGGAGAACAAAUUCUUGGCUAUUGAUGAAGCGUGUGACAAGCUCUAUUUACAAUGGGGCCAAAUCUACCAAGACUUGGGCCAGCCGGAAAAAGCGCGCAAUUGUUACUCUGAGGGUGCUCGAAAACUACCCCAAAGUGCACGGCUGUGGAUUGCACUGGCACGAGCCGACCAGGAGCUGCUGGGCCAAUCUGUCAAGGCCCGUUCAGACUUCGACUUGGCCCUGCUAAAAAUUCCUGAUGUGGGGCCACAGAAGGAACAUGUGCUCGUGGCGCGCGUCCAGAUGGAGAGAGAACUCGGAAACCUCGAGCAGGCCAGACUGCUGGUAUCCCAUGGCUUGAGAUCUCAUCCAAACAGUCCGCAGCUGUGGGUUGAGAGUCUGAAAUUGCUGGCUAAAAAAUCGCAGCGCAAGACUGCGUACCAGGAUGCUUUACAGCGCACUGGGUCGCACCACACAAUCCUAGCGGCAAUAGGUGCUGACUUGUUUGCUGACACACACUAUUCCAAAGCUCUCAAAUGGUUUCAGAGGGCCGCGACAGCGGCCCCACUAUUUGGUGACGCUUGGCUGUGGUAUGCACGGUGUUUGAAACGAAUGGGCCAAGAUAUCGCGGAAGUUCUGAAUAAAGUCGAUGAGCACGAACCCCGGUACGGCGUCGAAUGGAUAGCAAUGGCUAAACAGCCUGCUAAUAUGGCUUUAACGUCGUCUCAGGUACUAGUCAAGUGUCUGUCGUCGUACUCGUGA